AUGAGUGGAAUCGUGAAGGGAUGGGGACUCCGUGGUCAUGUUCAUCACGCAGAUUAUAACGAGUGCGAAUUGGAGGAAUCGUGUGGCGAGGGCGAGAAAUGUAACAACGAGAUGGGGAACUACACGUGCACGUGCGACGAGGCAUCUGGAUACUACUUCGUCAAUGAUACUUGCUUGAACGUUGACGAGUGCGAAGCGCGAGUGGACGACUGUCAAUUUGCCUCCACGUGCAUCAAUCUCCUGAAUGGCACCUUUGAUUGUUCCUGUCCUCAUCCGGAAGCCUUUACUGAUAAAGGCAAUUCCUGUGUCGAGUCCGCAUUAUGUGAUGAGCUGAAAUGCGGCGAGAACGCGAAUUGCACUGCAACGAAAGGGUGCGAAUGUGAGAUCGGGUUCCAUUCCCCUCUUCCUGGAGUCAUUCCCUGCAGAGCCAAGGAAGAAGAGCGUGGAGAGAAGGGAAAGAAAACGAUAUUGACGAAUGUGAAGAAAAUCGUCACAAUUGCAGCCAGAACGCGGAAUGCAGGAAUACUCCUGGAGGCUUCGGAUGUUGCUGCAAGGAGCCGGGUUUCUCAGGCGAUGGAUACGACUGUCAACGUGGCCCAGCGGCCCAUCGGAGGCAGGGCCACCAAACUCUGUCGUCCUGAUGUCCCACCCCAAGGAAGCCUAUGUUUAAAGUUUCAGGGUCAGAGAUCAAACCAUCUUGGAGGAGAAGCGGCCAUGGACACACAGACUCUUACGCUGAUUAGGAAUAACAAUUGUGCGGAGGCUGAAGCACGGGAUAAAUGUAUGGAGAUGCGAGGUGUGUGCGCCCUGCUUCCUUAUCAUCCGUAUUACGAGUGCCGUUGCGAACCCAGUUACGCAUUUAAUAACAAGAGCGGAUUCUGCCAGAAGGCUUAUGAUCUGAACAUGCACGUAUAUGCCAUGACGAUGCCUCUUCUAUGGCAAUCAUCCGAGAAGAUAUGCGACGCAGAGAGCAAAGAUUUGUACGAUUUCAGAUCCAAACUCUUUGAUCAGUUAGGACCUCUGUUGGCGGAGGCGGGAUCGAUGCAUGACUCUAUAUUGAGUCUGGAAGAAGUGAAAUGCGGGAAAUCUGGAAGUAUGGGGCGGCAAGUGGAGAUUGAUGUCCAGGUGGAAAUAUCCAUAGUGACCGGGACCGAUGCCUCGGAUUCGCAGACGUUCUCGAAUACCCUCAAUCAGGCCAUAUAUGACCCCAAUCCGGGAGAGGAGAAUGGAUGCAGAUACCUGAAAAACGGUUGGUGCAUCAACAAAAACCCAGGACUUCGAGUAGACACAAAUUUGGAUGGGUGCGCUAAGUUCGGGAAGGAAGUCUGUUCUGCCGAGGGUCAAGAGUGCAAGAAAGACACGAACUCUAGUUACUCCGGUGCAUUCCAGUGCAAAUGCAAGACUGGAUACGAGGUCAUCCCCCAACCCGACAUAGACGAGUGUGGCGUGGAACGGACUUGCGCUUAUCGUGAGGGAGAAGACGGAGAAGCCUCAGUGAAAUGUAUCAACCAACCUGGCAGCUACGCGUGUCUCUGUGAGGAACACUACGUACUCGAUUUCCUCGAUGGUCGGUGCAGAUUCCUUUGUUCCAUCGGCAACCAUACUUGCGAAAAUGGUGGGAACUGCACUAACAAGGGAUGCUGGUGUCCAGAGGGGUACUUGGGCCUUCGCUGCGAAAGAGAGAUCGACUCCCACCAGCAGGAACUGGAAGGUAACUGA